CACAAGACAGUAUAAAUGAGCCUAUUUAAUUGCGGGAAACUGCCUGUUGUUUUUAAAAAAGAGUAUCGCGAAAAACGCUAAUAGACAGAUCUUUUUACCUAUUGAGCUUAAACAGUCAUCAGACUAAACAUUGCUUUCAUAUGAAAUUUAAUGACCAACAGCUUGUCACUAUGCACACAAAUGGGUUUCUAGUCCAUUAUCACAGUAGAUCUGCUUAAGUUCAUCACUGGCAUUGGCACUGCCAUUAGGUCAACCCGUGGUCAGAUAUUGGUCAACAGGCAGCCAUCGCGUUGACCUUUCACAAGGCGAAAAUCAAGAAUCACAACAGUUACAGGUUGCUGCACAAAAAGGUUAGAUGGCCACUGCAAUAGAGGAUUAUGGCUUAAGAGAGGCGUGUGGUGUGUUUGGUUGCAUUGCCAAUGGCCCCUGGCCUACCCUGCUGGACGUUCCACAGAUCAUCUCUCUGGGCCUUGUUGGCUUGCAGCACAGGGGGCAAGAGAGUGCAGGAAUAGUGACAUCCCAGGGUCAGAAAGGUUCCAAGUUCGUGCAGAAAAAAGGUGGUGGAUUAAUAAGUUCAAUAUUCUCAGAAGAAGACAUCUCUAAACUUAAAGGAAACCUUGGAAUAGGCCACACCCGCUACUCCACAUUCGGAGGGUCAGAUGUGUCCAACAUCCAGCCGUUUGUGGUGGAGACGCUGCAUGGCCUGAUUGCUGUCGCACACAAUGGGGAACUUGUCAAUUCGGGACCUCUUAAACAGAAACUGCUACGUCACGGUGUCGGCCUGUCUACAGGAAGUGACAGUGAGCUCAUCAUGCAGCUCCUUACCCAGAUGCCUCACUGCGGCGAGCCCAAUGGUGCUAACUGGGUUGGCAGGAUCCGCCAUAUGAUGGAGCAGACGCCCACCUCAUACUCUCUGGCGAUCAUGCACCAGGGCUCUAUCUUCGCAGUGCGGGACCCUCUCGGCAACAGACCACUGUGCAUUGGCAAACUUCUUCCAUUGGCUGCAUGCACAGGCAAUGUUUCAUUGCAAGCAGACGACAGUUGUGAAGGAUGGGUAGUGUCCUCAGAGUCCUGCUCGUUUGGUGCUAUAGGGGCGAGAUUGUAUCGAGACGUUAUGCCUGGAGAGAUAGUUGAAUUAAGUCGAGAGGGUGUGAAAUCACACUGUGUGGUGGCCAGACCAGAAGCAUCUCUGCCAGCCCUGUGUAUAUUUGAAUAUGUGUAUUUUGCUAGACCGGACUCAAUACUUGAAGGACAGAUGGUGUACGAAGUGAGGAAGCGAUGUGGUAAGCAGCUAGCAAUAGAGGCCCCCGCUGAGGUUGAUAUUGUAAGCACUGUCCCUGAGUCAGCCACUCCUGCAGCGAUCGCCUAUGCCUGUGCUCUUGGCAUUCCAUACGGGGAAGUUCUUUGCAAGAAUCGCUACGUGGGACGCACAUUUAUUCAGCCAAGCAGUAGGUUACGGAAACUAGGAGUAGCAAUGAAAUUUGGAGUGCUGUCGGAAAACAUCCUGAAUAAAAGAGUGUUAAUUGUGGACGACUCAAUAGUUCGAGGCAAUACAAUGAGACCUAUUAUACAAAUGCUCAAAAAUGCAGGUGCCAAAGAGGUUCAUGUACGUAUUGCUUCACCACCUAUAAAGCACCCAUGCUACAUGGGCAUCAACAUUCCAACUCGAGAGGAGCUUGUUGCCAACACAGUCAGUAUACAGGAUAUGGCCCAAUACUUUGGUGCGGAUUCACUGCAUUAUCUCUCCGUUGAAGGACUUGUGAAGGCCGUCCAGUCAGGAAUCAAGCAAGAUCACACCAUCGGACAUUGUGUUGCCUGUCUUACUGGGAACUACCCUGUUAACUUGGACUGGUAGCCAGCAUCUGUGUCAUGAGCCAGUCCUUAUAGCUAGCGAUUCCAAUGUCAUCUUUAGGGUGACAGCUGUCAUUUUCACAAUCAAAAUAGACUGGUGCUAAGCAAUAUCAAAGUCAACAUGGACUUGUAGCAAGCAUUUUCAACUUAUUCAUGAGCAUGGGAUGUUAGUACAACAUAGACUUGUAGGAUGUUAGUACAACAGAGCUUUGAAUGUUAGUACAACAUUAACUGGUAGCCAGCAAUUUCACCUCAUUCAUCGGCAUAUGAUUUUAGCACACAACAUAGCAUUGUUGCCAUCAACAUAUGACUGGUAGGCAACCAGCAACAGGUAACCAACCUACAAGAUGAACCAGCAAACAAAAUUGACUUAUUGCAACCAACAACUUAGACUGAUCUCAAAAAUUAUUCAUUGUGUUGACUUGUGUUUUUAAACUAAUUGAUGAACUGAGUUUGUCAUGCCAGUAGUAGUAACUUUGUGAUAUGAACCAAUUGAUAUGCUUAUAUUGUUUGAAUAAAAUUUAUUUUUAUCAUAA